AUGGUGGAAAGACAGUUUGGUGUAAAGGUACAAAAGAUAAGAACAGAUAAUGCUUUUGAACUUGGGAAAGGUACUCAGGAGGCAGCAUUUUUAGCCUCUCAAGGAAUACUACAUCAAACAUCAUGUGUGGGAACCCCUCAACAGAAUGGAGUGGUUGAGAGGAAGCACAGAAAUCUCUUGGAAAUUUCAAGGGCUUUUGGAAGAGGUAGGUUUGACCCAAAGGCAAAUCCCUGUGUGUUCUUAGGUUAUUCCUUGGGGCAGAAGGGUUAUAAAGUUCUAGAGUUGGAUACAAGAAGAGUGAGUGUAUCCAGAGAUGUGUACUUCUAUGAAAAUCAGUACCCUUUUGCCUCUACUACUACACAUACAGAUUCUUUUUUCCCUGUUACCUCACCCCUAGAACAUAGUGUAGACUUAUCAUCAGAACACAUAGAGGAUGAGCCUGACAUUCCCAACUCACCUUCACCUUUACUGCCUAUUUUCUCAAACCCAAGCAACUCUAGCACUCUUCCUUCAACCUCAGGUACAAGUUCUACUUCCCAACCUAGAACAUUGUCUCAUUCAACCUUACCUAUAUCUCUUCCUAAAGUUAGGAAAUCCACUAGAACACAUAAUCCACCCUCAUAUCUCCAGGAUUACGUGUGCAACUCAGUCUUUCUCCCAGACCUCACAAACUCUUGCUUCACUGCACCAAUCCAGCCCAUUGUUCUACCCUUCACAGCUCUUUCUCCUAUCAGUAAGCCUAUGCUUAAUUCCACCUCCUACCUUGUUGAACCUACUUCUUACUCACAGUCAGCAUUACACCCAGGAUGGCAAGAAGCAAUGGAAAAAGAAUUGGAAGCUCUAGAACUGAACAAAACCUGGGAGGUUGUGCCUUUACCUAGUGGAAAGAAGGCUCUUCCUUGCAAGUGA